CAGCAUUAUACUUUUUUUCUUCUGCCAGCAAAUCAUAAAACUGGUUACAAUUGAGAUCGCUCGCUCAUCAGAAUUUUCAAUCUUCCUCCGAUAUCGAGAGAGAAACCACACAAAAAAAAAUGAGACACAACUGCUGCCAUCUCUCCUUCGCUUCCGUCCUGAAGAUCCUCAAUUUCCUCCAAGCCUUCAUCGGUAUCUCCAUCAUAAUCUACUCUAUAUGGAUGCUCGAUCAAUACAAUCGUCACGUCCCCGUCGACCCUCCUCCUCCUUCUCAGCCUCCCUCGGCUUCUUAUCCCUUCUCUAGCUCAGGAAUCGCUAUCAACAGUCUCUCUGACUCCCUGAACAAACCCAUCGGUCUCCUUCUCCGAGAUUCGGGUUUCCACCUCCGUUCCCUAGAUCUUCCUGCUCCCUGGUUCAUAUACUCUUUCAUGGCGAUUGGGAUCUUGGUCUGUAUUGUCACUGUCAUCGGUUUCAUUGCAGCUGAAGCUAUCAAUGGCUGCUGCUUGUGUUUCUAUUCAAUCCUCAAAACUCUUGUCAUCAUACUUGAAGCAGCUCUCGUUGGAUUCAUUGCCAUUGACCGUCACUGGGAGAAGGAUCUUCCUUAUGAUCCAACUGGAGAACUCACUAGCCUUCGAGCUUUCAUUGAAGCAAACAUCGAUAUUUGCAAAUGGGUUGGGGUUGGCGUGGUAGCUAUCCAGCUACUGUCUUUGCUACUGGCUAUGGUUCUAAGAGCUAUGGUUUCUCCUAGGCAAUCAGAGCUUGAUGACGAAGAUGAUUAUGAGAAUCCGAUUAAUAGAGCGCGUGAGAAUCUUCUUGCUCCACAGACUAACCAGACAUCUUCUGGAUCAAGCAAUAUUGACAACUGGAGGUCCAGAAUCAGAGAGAAGUACGGAUUGAACAACGGCCAGAGCCAGAGUCCCUCAGUCUAACUCAAAAGAUUUGAGUUCGUGUGUGUGUGUUUGGUAUCACUACUUUCGUUUUGUUCCUCUCUUGCUACCUUUGUAACUUUCAGAGUGUGCAUAAGUAUUACACAACUUUUUAGAUUGGAACAUUGGUUUCUCCCUC